AUGGAAACUCUUUUCAGGCCUUUUCCACUUUUACAUUGCACUUUUAGUUCUAAUUCAUCACUGAGUUCUCCAAAUCCUAACAUCCCUUCAAGAAAAGUUCAUCAAAGAGUUCAGAGCAGCAAAUUUCCUAGCUUUCUUGACUUGGAACCGGUAUUAAAACCAGAACCUGUAGAUUUUGAUCUCUCAUGUUUCUGUAUAGUCCAAAAUGAUCACAAAGGGCAUCACUUGCCUGAUUAUGCUGAUUCCUCUGCAUACCUUUCUGUCAUGGAAACUCUUUUCAGGCCUUUUCCACUUUUACAUUGCACUUCUAGUUCUAAUUCAUCACUGAGUUCUCCAAAUCCUAACAUCCCUUCAAGAAAAGUUCAUCGAAGAGUUCAGAGCAGCAAAUUUCCUAGCUUUCAUGGAACCGGUCCAGCUGGGCUUCGGCUUUCUGAGCAAGCAUCCCGGUAUGAGAUCAAGGUAUGUUGUGUUGAUUCUUCCCACUUUCUAUGUGGCCAAACAAUUACGGUUUGUUGGGUUGAUGAAUUUGAGAGUUUAGGACUUGAGGAUUGUUUGGACAAUACAUGGCCUAUGACUUGUGUUUUUCUUAAUGAUCAUAAAACCAAGUACUUGAAGUUGAAAUUUUUAGGUGGAUACAUGGCAAAUGACGUCGAAUUCCAUAAGGCCAAAGGUUGGAAAGUAGAGCAUGAGGAGUUUGAGUCUUCAAUUAUUUGUGAUGAUGGUACUGAGUUGAAGGCAAGCUUAAUAGUUGAUGCAAGUGGUUUUGCAAGUGUAUUGAUUGAAUAUGAUAAGCAAAGAAAUCCUGGCUAUCAGAUUGCUCAUGGUAUUUUAGCCCAAGUAGAUUAUCAUCCCUUUGAUUUCGAUAAGAUGGUUCUCAUGGAUUGGAGGGAUUCUCGUCUUGGAAAUGGGCCAACUUUACGUGCUAGUAACUCUAGUUUUCCAACUUUUCUAUACAUCAUGCCUUUUUAUUCGAAUUUGAUAUUCUUAGAAGAAACUCCUCUUGUUAGCAGGCCUGUUUAG